CACAGCGUAUCCUCCCAAGGAACUGUGACCCAGCGGGCGGAAGCACCAGCGCCAAUCCAGUUAUCCUCGUGCUGCGGGUUUUUGGCGCUUGUACUAAGCCACUGGAGGCUGCAGCUGGUGAGCGGAGCUCAAAUUUGUUCGUGCUGUGGAGUUUUUCGCAGUUUCAAAGACGUGGUUAGCUGCCGUAUGUUGCAUUGUUCGCUUUAGAGACGGUAGUUAUGGAUUUUGACGAGUAUGAUUAUUUAGAGAAAACAGUUGAAAAUCCCGAGGGACAGAAAGUGAAGGAAACUGCCAAUGGCGGUGAUGCAGAAAUGAAGUCUGGAGACAAACAUCGUAGUCGAAGUUCAAAGUAUAAGACUGAUGGUAAAGAUGAUGGGGAACAUAGGUCAAAGCGUUCAAAAUCAGAAGAUGAGUCACUUGAUCAUGAUCGACAUAGAGAUAGGACUUCUUCCCGGCACCGGUCUAGGUCCAGAGAUAGAGACCGUGAUCGGCACAGUAGCGGUAAGGAGUUUAGGGGAAAAGAGGACAGAGAAAAGAAUCAGGAAGAGAGGAGCAGUAAGGACAGAGAUGUGGACAGAGAUAAAGAACGUGUGCACGAUCAUGAUAGACGAGGCAGAGAUGGUGAAAAGGACAGGGAAAGAGAACGGUCACAUCGAAGUAGAAGUCAUUCAGAAAGACAUCGCAGUGAUCGAGAUGAAAGCAUUAGACAGAGGACCCGAGAUAAUGAAUUCAGAGAACGAGAAAAAGAGAGAGAGUCUAGAGAGCGAGGCAGGGAUGGCAGAAGACAUAAGGAGAAAAAGGAAGACGGAACGGAACCAGAAGCUGAUCCUGAAAGGGAUCAGAGGACUGUAUUUGCCUAUCAGAUAAGCUUGAAGGCAACUGAAAGAGAUGUGUUCGAAUUCUUCUCCAGGGCCGGUAAGGUGCGAGAUGUACGCCUCAUCAUGGAUCGUAAUUCAAGACGUUCUAAAGGCGUUGGGUAUGUUGAAUUUGUGGAUGCAAUGUCUGUGCCCAUGGCUAUAGCACUUUCCGGCCAGCUCCUGCUAAGUCAACCUGUAAUGGUAAAGCCAUCUGAAGCUGAGAAGAACCAAGCUCAAUCAACUUCUGCUGCUGCUGGACCAGGUGGAGUAAUGGGUCCCUACACUGGUGGUGCCAGAAGGUUAUAUGUUGGCAAUCUGCACCCCAACAUAACAGAAGAUAACCUUCGUCAGGUUUUUGGAGCUUUUGGCAUUGUGGAACUGGUUCAGAUGCCCCUUGAUGAAUCUGGGCAUUGCAAGGGUUUUGGUUUUAUUCAGUUCUCACGUCUUGAAGAUGCUAGAAAUGCAUUGAGUUUGAAUGGACAACUUGAGAUUGCUGGUCGAAUGAUAAAGGUGUCCACAGUCACAGAUCAGCCUGGACUGCAAGAUAUCGGAGCAAGUACAGGAGACCUUGACGAUGAAGAUGGUGUUGGCUUGUCCUUAAAUGCUAGUUCUCGAGCAUCCCUGAUGCAGAAACUGGACCGUACUGGCACUGCAUCUAGCAUUGCUGGUUCUUUAGGUACACAUGUCGUAAAUAACACAGGCGCUACCAUGGCAAUGGCGCCAAUCCUUGGAGUUGGAACUAUCCCUUCCCUGGGUGUUGCUACUUCUUUGGUCUCCGUUCCUGCUUUUCCUGGACUUGGUGCAGCAGGCGUUCAGGUUCCCACUGUUGCUGCUAAUUUACUUGGUGUUGGUACUCCAAGUGAAUGCUUACUAUUGAAGAAUAUGUUUGAUCCUACAGCUGAGUUGGAACCAACUUUUGAUAUGGAUAUCAGAGACGACGUGGAAGAGGAAUGCUCUAGGUUCGGAAAGUUGAAACAUAUAUACGUUGACAAGAAUAGUGCCGGUUUUGUAUACUUGAGAUUUGCAAAUUCAGAGGCUGCAAUGGAUGCACAACGUGCCCUUAAUGGAAGAUGGUUUGCUGGGAAAAUGAUCGGCGCAACUUUCAUGGACAUCCCGAGCUACGAAGCGAAAUUUCCAGACAGCAGAUAGUACUCGAGAUUAGUUCGAAUGCUCUAUUCCGAAACAGUAACUCGCCUGUUGAACCAUAGUGAGAUUAUUCUACCGUGGCUAAAAGGUGCUAUGUCUUUGAAAGGUACACAGUUUACGAUUAACAAGCAUGAUGACCUUGCGAAAGAAGACAAUAUUCGCUCGUUCAAUAUGAAUAUUGAAAAGUUGAUUGUAGUUUAGCUAAGAUACAACCCUUUUGUACGUGUUCUAUCAAGAGUUUAUAUCUAAACAUGAUUUGACCUAGGAAAUUCGGUGCAAACUCAUCAGCCCGCUCGAUUUACGUCCUAGGAUACUUGCAAUGUUGUAACGCUGUUAAUGUUGAGGAUAUUAUCUUAUGCUUAUGAGAUUUCAAACUUGAUGGCCUGAAUGGCUUAACCUUUUU